UGCGCCCACACCCAACCUGCUGUACGGAGAGGCAGAGCAGCUCUGCAGUGGAUCCACGCAGGACAUUGUCUUCCAGGGUGGAGGGUAAAUCUAACAAUUCCUUUCAUUCAGGCUGUUGUCUGACACCGAGGCGCGCGCGCUGCUGCGGGCAGCAUCCACGUCGAUGUGGUUUAUUUGCUGAGCAUCAUCUGGCUGGAGUGGACGUCUGGCUGGUACCAUGAGCAGCACUGUAUUUCAGCAGCAGGCUGUUCACAGCCCUCUGGAGCAGCAGAAGUCCAAGUCUAAGCAGGGAGGAGGAGGCCCCAUCCCCUGCCAGAACUGUGGAAAGCCCUGUAGAGGUGAAGCUCUCAGAGUUCAGAACAAACACUUCCACAUAAAGUGCUUUGUCUGCAAAGUGUGUGGUUGCGAACUUGCCCAGGGAGGCUUCUUUGUGCGGCAAGGUGAAUACAUCUGUACUGUGGACUACCAGCGGCUGUACGGGACUCGCUGCUUCAGCUGUCAGGAUUUCAUUGAGGGGGAGGUGGUGUCAGCCCUCGGAAAGACCUACCAUCCCCGCUGUUUCGUUUGCGCUUCAUGCAAACAGCCGUUUCCAGCCGGCGACCGGGUGACGUUUAACGGGAAGGAGUGUAUCUGCCAGAAGUGUACCCAGCCUCUGCCUGCCAGCAGCCCUGCACCCAUCCAGGCUGUCCACAACUGCUGCGGCUGUGGGAAGGAGUUCAGGAACGAGCAGUCUCUGGUAGCGCUGGACAAGCACUGGCACCUGGGCUGCUUCAAGUGUAAAGUCUGCAACAAGGUCCUCAAUGCUGAGUACAUCAGCAAGGAUGGGAUCCCCUACUGCGAGAUGGAUUACCACGCCAUGUUUGGCAUUCAGUGUGAGAGCUGUAAGAAGUACAUCACCGGGAAAGUCUUGGAGGCUGGAGAGAAGCAUUACCACCCCACAUGUGCCCGCUGUGCUCGCUGUGAGCAGAUGUUCGCAGAGGGAGAAGAAAUGUAUCUGCAAGGAUCUUCUAUCUGGCAUCCUCCGUGCAGACAAGCAGCCAAACAGGAGGAGAAAAGUAAGAAGCAGGUCCGGAUACAGCUCAAUGAUGUCCCUGAGCAGCAGGUGACCCGGACUUCUUCUGAGAGCAUCACCUCGGUCCCAGCAUCCAGCGCCUCGGGAUCUCCCAGCAGAGUCAUCUAUGCCAAAUUAGGAGAGGAGAUGCUGGACUACAAGGAUCUGGCGGCCCUUCCAAAGACCAAGGCCAUCUAUAACAUUGACAGGCCGGACAUGCUGUCCUACUCUCCAUACGUCAGCUAUCCAUCUGAAGAGAGGCACUAUGGAGAGGGUGAUGGGGAGAAGUCCCCACGUCAUCGGAGGCCCUCCAGUCCCAGCUCCAACAGCUCCCUGGGGGGCUACGGGCGCUACACCCCGUCCCGUUCCCCUCAGAACUACAGCCGAGCAGGACCAGAAGCACACCUUGGUGGUAGACACAACAUCCAAGCCCGUGACUCCAGUUCUCUCCUUUCACCUCCAACCAUCACAGUUGGCGUUAAGUCCCCCUCCAACAGGGAUUCCUCCUCCCCCCCUGUGUACUAUUCUGCUGGGGCUGAAGGGAGUGGUGGUGGUGGUGUUGGCAAGUACUCACCUACACCGUCAGGUGGCAGUGCAGGCUUGACUUUACAGCUGAACCCCACCACCCUGGCCAUGCUGCAGCAGCACAACUACAUCCCUUACUUCAGAGGGUUCAAACAGGACCCCCUACCCGAUCCUAAACCUAGGACAUCCCUGCAUCUCAGUUUACCUCCUCCUAACGGUAGCGAAAGUGGUCGGAGCACCCCCAGCUUAUCUACCUAUUCUGAUGGCAAAUCCCCUUCAUCCACUUCCACAUACGUGGCUGCUCCUCGCCAUUUCCACAUACCAGAGACUAUGGUCAAAGAUAAUAUCUAUAGAAAACCCCCCAUCUACAGACAGCAUGCUUCUAGAACAUCCUGGCAGGAUGGUGAGGAUAGUAAGAGGACCAGCUGGAUGAUGUUGAAGAGUGAGAUUGAUGGUCAGAUGGGUCCAGAAGAUCUGGACCCUCGCAAAUCUACCUGCAGUCUCCCAGCUGACAUCUCCCAGCCGAAUUUUCCCUACAAUAAGUCUGCAUCUCUACCUGGUUAUGGAAGGAACGGCAUCUACAAGCCUGCUGAGAUGGUGGAUGACGAAGUGGAUCCAGACUCCCAGAGCUGGGGAGGCAUGCGAGAGUACAAGGUCUACCCCUAUGAAAUGUUGGCAGUGACACAUCGAGUGAAAGUGAAGCUUCCCAGAGACGUUGAUCGCACCAGACUGGAGAGGCACCUCUCUCCUGAAGACUUCCAGCGGGUUUUUCGCAUGACCCUGGAGCAGUUUGACCGCCUGGCUCUCUGGAAGAAGAACGACAUGAAGAAGAAGGCGCACCUUUUUUAGACAGAAGAGUAAAGAAAGCUGCAACAUCACAGCAGGCUGGAAAGAGGCAGGAAACAAAAAGCAACCCAUCUGAAGUGUUCGUGUACCCUACUUUCUACCCGCGAAGGGCUGAGCUACAAAGCCAUGGAGAGGCUCCUCCUGCAGGGACGCUGGGGCAAAAUCUGUAGCUUCUUGUAUGCUGUGUGGUCUGAAUGUUUGACUGAAACCGGAGGAGGUGAGGAGCUGCGUUUGCAUGGCCUGUGUUUAUGCUCCUCACCUCCAAUAAAAUUCUGCAUCCCCCAUCCCAAAGCUUCCACCCUGACAACAUUCAGUAGAUAAAAAACUGCUUCUCUAGCUGCCUCCUCCUCCCAGUGUCUGUGGUUCUGUCAUAUCUGGUUUUCUUCCAGCACCGAGGGACUCUUCCAUAGUCAGACCAGUUACUUGUACACCCCUGCCAUGACCUCACGACCUGAUCAGACUUUUACACGUUAACUGUUCGAGCAUGUCGAGGCCAAAGACCGGAUCAGAAACCAUUUCAUUCUCUCUGAUCUCGUACUGUGGAACAGCACCGUAUCACAUGCUUAUUCUUUGUUUUGGGAUGUUCCUUCAAAGAAGUUGGUUAGGUUGAUUCAUGCUCUGCAAUGUUUAAACGUGGUUCCACAUCUUAAAGAGCCUCCACAGGUAGCUAAGGAUGGAGGCUGGAGGCAACCAUGGUGUGGUGGAAGCUCGCAGCUUGGCCGACGGGCUGGUCUGAGUUCAGAUUAAGUGGUGUCAAACAAGCAUUGCCAGAGGACAAAAACAUAUUUUUAUAAGCUAUUUUUGACUUCUAGGAAGGAUAAUUGCAGGCGACAAGCCCGUGCUGACUGUGUUAAGCCUCCAUGACCUCCCGCAGCAGCAAAGUCCUGCUUGGUUUUACGUGUUCUAUCUCCUCAGCUGCACAGUUAACUCCACAUGUUCGCUGUUUGGAAGCCUUGUUGCAGAAAAAACACAUUUCAGCUGAAGCUUGUCGCUUUGCUUGAAUUUCUGGACCAUUAAGUGACUAAUUUGCCAAAAUAUACUGGAUGUAUGUUAACAUGUACUGGAUUUAUACCAGAUGUAUCUGUCUGUAAACAAGCCGUGGUGUAUAACUUUAGGCAUGCAUGAGGAUGGGGGAUGGGGUUUGUCCACUGGCCUCAUAUUAGAAAUGUAUGAAAACAUCAUCAUCAACGUUGUUUGAGUGAUUGAUCCUUGUUUUCUUUCUGGUCGGCUGCUUACAUUUGCUUGUGUUACGUAUUUAUUUCAUUGGAAUAUUAAGGAAGGGAUUUAAUUUGAGAUUUUUAGGGUGAAGUGCAUAAACAUGGCAGAAGAGCAUUGUUGAAAAGAAGCAUAUCACAUUUUGGUUUAAUCUGAGUGUCGGAUCAAAUGUACUAACUGUUUAUGUCUAAUACUCAUCAGCUAUUAAAGUGCUUUAUCCAAACCA